ACACAUUCCGGUGGGGCCGCGCUCUGACUGGGCGGCGGCGGCGGCGGCGGCAGGGCUUCCGGCGGCACCAGCGCCUGCGCCCGGGAGCCGCGGUGGCGGUCAGUGAAGGCCGAAAGCAUGGCGAGCCGCAGAGCUGCUCUCAAGGCCAUCGACUGGGCCGCCUUCGCCGAGAGGGUGCCCGCCAACCAGAGGGCCAUGUUCAACGCCCUCAAGACCCGCAGCGACGCACUGUCGGCCCGGUUGGCUGCCCUGCCAGAGAAACCUCCAGCCAUUGACUGGGCUUACUACAAAGCCACUGUGGCUAAAGCUGGCAUGGUGGAUGAGUUUCAGAAGAAGUUCAGUGCACUGAAGGUUCCUGAGCCAGUGGAUACACAAACUGCCAAAAUUGAUGCCCAAGAGCAAGAAGCUGCUAAGAGCACUGCUGAGUAUGUCCAGGCUUCCAAAGCUCGUAUUGUCCAGUAUGAGCAACAGCUUCAGAAGCUCAAAAGUAUGAUUCCCUUCGAUCAGAUGACAGUGGAAGACUUGCAUGAAGCCUUCCCUGAAACAAGACUGGACAAAGAGAAAUAUCCAUACUGGCCCCACAAGCCAAUUGCUGAUCUGUAAACUCACCUGGAAGCAGGUUGUCUAAUGGCUGUCAGACUCUGAGCUUCUAAAUAAAGUGCUUUGCCUCUUG